AACUAUGACACCAUUUUCAUACAAAUGAAAAGUAUAUAUAUAAUAAAAAAAUUGGUACCAGAUUUUGAACCAAAUUAAAAUUUUCAAUAUAUAUAUAGAUUAACAUGAAUCCUGAACUUUUGAAGAAAAGGCAAAAUAGAGUUGUCUCUGACUCAUAAACACAAACAUUUAAUUAGAGAGAAUUAUGGGUAUGGAGGCAUUUGGAGGGAACUAUGGGAAUGGAGUGGUGAUGAUGAGCAGAGACCCCAAGCCAAGGCUGCGAUGGACUCCUGAUCUUCAUCAUCGUUUCGUUGACGCUGUUACCAAACUUGGCGGCCCCGAUAAAGCAACUCCAAAGUCGGUGCUGAAGCUGAUGGGAUUAAAGGGUUUGACACUGUUCCAUUUAAAGAGCCAUUUACAGAAAUAUAGGAUGGGACAGCAACAAGCUAGGAAGCAGCAAUUUCAAGACAACACUGGGGAUUCCAAUGGAUAUUUCAGCAAUUCUUCUUCAUUAGGAACAAAUCCCACUUCAUCUACAAUUGAUAACCAACAAGUAGAAAUACAAAUUGCUGAGUCAUUGAAGUCCCAGAUUGAAGCACAUAAAAGAUUACAAGAACAGCUUGAGGUGCAAAAGAAAGUACAAAUGAGAAUAGAAGCACAAGGGAAGUACUUGCAAGAUUUACUAGAGAAAGCCCAGAAGAGCCUAUCAUCACUUGAUAUGAAGGGUAGUGUUAAUGUUGAAGAAAAUAAAGAUUUUAAGCAUAAGAUUGAACAUCCCAUGGCUUUAGAUUUAAAUACAAAAAGUAGCUAUGACAUACUUUCUCUAAGGGGCUCUGAAUUGGAUCUCAAGAUGCUUUCUCAUAAUAGAGAUAGGUGAUUCUAAUGACCUUAAUAGUGUUUUAUUUAAGUCAAAAUUACAUCAUUUAUUAAAAGAAUCUAAAUUUAGAUU